AUGCGAUCCUCCGUCCUUCUAUCUGCCCUCUGGGCCGCUGGCGCGCUCUCCUCCCCGCUGAUGCCCAGAGCCUACGUGACCGAUGUCACCAUCGUCACCGUCACCGAAUACGUAACUGCCGGCGCCGUCACUCCCACGCCAACCCCAACUCCGGUUCCCUCUCCUCCCCCAAAGGAUGAGGGCUCAUAUCCUACUCCAGAAUCUGAGCCCCAGCCCCAGUACCAGCCCAAGCCCAAGCCGCAACCAAAACCACAACCAAAACCACAGCCAAAACCACAGCCAAAACCACAACCCAAGCCUCAACCAGGCCCCGGCAAUGACUACCAGUCCAAGGUGCUCUACCACCACAACAUCCAUCGCUCCAACCACUCCGCCAAUGCGCUCGGUUGGUCCAGCACCCUCGCUGGCUACGCUCAGCAGAUUGCCUCCAAAUGCGUCUUCGAGCAUGAUACCUCCGUCGGCACCGAAUCCUACGGCCAAAACAUCGGAUACGGCGUCACGCCCGAGGAAAUUGGCAAGAUGAUUACCAACAUGAUGUACAACGACGAGGCCGGCCUGUACGCGGGCCUGUACGGCCAGGCCAACCCAGACAUGAGCAAUUUCCAUAACUGGGGCCAUUUCAGCCAGAUCGUGUGGAAGGACACUACUACCGUCGGCUGCGCUACCGUCAAGUGCUCCAACAAUCUGCGCUGGAAUACCGUUUGCAACUAUGGACCCCCUGGCAACUUCGGCGGCAGAUAUGCUCAGAAUGUCGGCCGACCACUAGGUGCUGCGAUGGCUGUUGCGUAGUUUUUCGCUUCACUUCAUUUUCACUUUGCUUUCUUGCUUGCUGCUUGCUACGCUUGCAACUGGUGUUUUUUUUUUGACUUCUUUAAAUCCGCUUCCUUCUACUUGAUUUAUUUACAUCUUCGUUUCCUUUCUCCUUUCGCUUUCUGUGAAUAAAAUAUUUGUAGUAGCGGUUUUAUUUUCAAACUCGGGGGUGGUGCCGGUGGAGGGGGUGUUUGAUGUGUAUUCGUGUGCAUAUAUGUAUGGUAUGUAUGUAUGUAUCUAAGGGGCUGGCCAACACAUCCACAUACAUGUCAAACCCCUUUUCCUCCAGAGGAUCCCCCGACUCUCGACACCAGUGCAGUCAAAGCCAGUCCCGUUCGUCCAGAUCCAAGCUUACAAGAUCCAACAAUCCAAUCUACAUUUACGGUUUACGAUCUACGAUUCCUAUCGUUUAUCGACUCACUGCGACUGUGACAAACGAUUUGUUUUAUAUUCUAUUACUUAUUUUAUUCUUUU